AUGGACUUUCACAUCCCUUCUUGUCUGCCCGAAGAAGCUGGUAAUCGGCUGCGAGAGCUCAUCAAAGAUUACCAUGAUGGCGACGUAACAGCAAAAGGAUAUUUGAAGAAAAGGCAAGAAAUCCUGGACAAACACAACCCGACUGCGUACCCACUUGGUUCCCCAAACUCUGCGCAGAACCGCGGAUCGACGCAUAUUCGAAACCACAGUCUCGCUUCGACUAUUAGAUCUCAAAGAUCUAGCGUCGCACAAGGCAAUGAUAACUACUCUAUCGACACCACUUCAAUACUCAACUCGAGAAACAACUCUAUAUACAAAGUCACAACCAGAAACUCAAGCGUACUCAACAGUAAGUCAAGUGCCUUAACAUCCCCCGCUAAAAGCUCAGGAGGCGACACUUCGGGACCAUGCUACAACCCAAUGAUUCCCCUGCUGCCGCGCACAGAAAGCCCACCUAUGACAGACUCGCUCCCUGCUAUUCUCCGCGCCAGGUCACAACUUUAUGAACGAGAGACUGCUUUUAUGAGUAUCAACAACAAGAACAAGGAAACCGGGAUUAGUUGGGACAAGCUCUAUCUGCGAGCUGAAAAAGUUGCUCAUGAACUUGGAAAACAUAAGCUUUACAAAAUGGACAAGGUACUUUUGUGGUUUAAUAAGGAAGACCUUGUAGAGUUUACGGUCUCCCUUCUUGGGUGUUUUAUAGCAGGAAUGGUUGCGGUUCCUGUUUCUUUGGAGACUUACUCACUUAGCGAAAUAUCCCAGAUAGUGGGCCUCACUAACGCAGGGUUUACUUUGAUUGCUGAAAACUGUCUUAAGCAAAUUGACAGCCUGCGGUUUGAUGGCAAUAACAAGGUGCGACUGACGAAAAGUGGAUUUUUAUCGGACAUUACCUUUAUAACCACCGAUGACCUUGGCACAUAUUCCAAGGCUAAGAAGAGCAGCCCUACGUUCGAUAUACCUAGUGUAUCGUAUAUCGAAUUUACAAGAACCCCUUUGGGGCGCCUCUCUGGCGUCGUAAUGAAACACAAAAUACUAUCCAAACAGUUAGAAACAAUGGCCAGUAUCUUAAAUUCGCGAAGAAAAGCUCAUUGGCCAAAAGGAGAUAUCGAGAGAUCUUAUAAAAACAAAAGAACUGGAUCAAGGUACAUUAUGCUCAGUAGCUUAGAUCCCACCCGAUCCACCGGCCUAAUCUUCGGCGUUUUGUUCAAUAUCUACACCGGCAAUCUCCUCAUGACAGUAGAUGAUCGCUUGUUGCAAAAGACAGGCAUGUACGAAAAUAUCAUCAACAAGCACAGGGUCAAUAUUUUGCUGAACGAUCAACUACAACUCAAGCAGGUGGUUAUUAAUUACCUCGAAAACCCUGCACUUGUAACUAGCAAGAAAAACAAGAUUGAUUUUAGCUGCAUUAACUGGUGCAUUACAUCUUGUACAAAUAUUGACACAGAGGUUACUGACAUGAUCGUGCACAAAUGGCUAAAAAACCUUGGGUGUCUGGAUGCUUCGCAAUGCUACUCGCCAAUGCUCACACUUCUGGAUUUUGGUGGUAUAUUUGUGUCUAUGCGAGACCAGCUUGGAAACCUCGGAAACUUCCCAGUACAUGACACUAAACUGAGACUUCAAGAUGAACUUUUCAUCGACAAAGAGCUCCUGAAAGAAAACAUUAUCAAACCAAGCAUAACCGCCAUGAUUAACUCUUCAAGCUCAACAAAAGACUAUUUGAGAUUAUCGUGUUUUGGAUUUCCUAUCCCUGACGCAACUGUUUGUAUUGUUAACCCCGACGAUGGUACUUUAGCACCAGACUUAACAGUUGGUGAGUUGUGGAUCUCGUCGCCUAGUAUCACUGACGAGUUUUAUCAAAUGGAGAAAAUCAAUGAAUUUGUCUUCAACGCAAAACUUAAUUUUAAGAAAAUGACAGAACUUUGGCAGUUGGCUGCGUUUGGGCCAGAUGGUGGUUCUUUCAAGUCAUCUGAAAGGUUAGAUACAAUCAUGAGUGUCUGUCCCCCCACAAAGUCGUUUAUUCGGACUAAACUGAUGGGGUUUGUUCACAAUGGCAAAAUAUAUGUCUUGGCAUUGAUUGAAGAUAUGUUUUUACAGAACAAGCUUGUUCGGUUGCCAAACUGGUCCCAUACCUCUGAUGUUACCAAAGCCAGAAAUGUUGAUCAACCGCAAAAUACCGAUGCGUCUGACAAUCAAGAAUCACUUCUUUCCAAAAGAGUGGUUCAAACAUAUUAUCUGCAACAUAUCACCGAAAAUGUUGUAAGAAUGGUGGAAAAAGCCUUAGAAGUAUCGGUAUUUGAACUGCCGCAAAACAAGAAUGAACACUUUUUAGUGAUGGUAGUGGAGACUCCUCUUGCAUCAAAUCUAUCGGCCGCAACUGUGCAACCCACUCUAGCCUCAAUAGCUCAACGGAGAGAACAGUACGAAAAAAAGAUGACUACGAUGGUUGAACAAAUCUAUAAAAUCCUGUGGAUCUUUCAUAGAAUCCAGCCUAUGUGCAUUAUUCUUGUGACACCAAGGUCCUUACCAAGAAGAUAUUGCUCUUUAGAAAUUGCCAACAGCACAGUGGAGAAAAAGUUUUUGAGCGGCGGUCUGAACUCCAAGUUUGUGAAAUUCCAGCUCGACAAUGUGGUCCUUGAUUUCAUUCCCCACUCAAGUUAUGUUAACGAAAGUAUUUUUUCAGAACAUUUGUCGAGCUUAAGGCAUAGCGCUAUUGGCCAGGAAAAUGCGAUGCUGAGCGGCAAUUCAGGAGCUCUGCCUUGGCAAACUUCUGGAAUUGACUACAGGGAAAAGUGUAUGGACAACAGAAACAACAAAGACCUCACUACGUUCUCUAGCAUCAUUGAUAUACUAGAAUGGCGCUCUGCAAAGCAGAGCGAUGAAUUUGCAUUUAGCGAUGGAAUCGCAGGGUCUUCAGUGGCAAACUCCAGCCCAAAUAAUGUGCAUAGCAAAGUUUCAUGGAAGACCUUCAGUUCCAUUGUGGGAAAUUUUGUCAAGAAGAUAGUUCAGUCUAAAACUCCCCUGAAAAGCGGCGACCACGUAGCCAUUCUGAGUGGCAACUCUGUUGAAUAUGUUGCUACUGUAAUAGCAUGCUUUUAUUGCAAUUUGGUUGUCAUACCCAUUGCUCCAUUAAACGAAGCUUAUCCUAAUGAAGAAGUAAACUUCUUAAUGAGUGUGGUCAAUAAUCAUAAUGUCAAACGUAUCUUCGUGGACGCUAAAAUGUACGCUAUGUUAGAAGAUGGGACCUCUAUUAGCAGGCAAAUAAAGAAAUUCAAGCACCUUCUUCCCAAAAUUACUGUAUUCUCAAAGAUUAAAAAGAAGAAUGAUAUAUCGCCCAGUAAUUUCAAGGACGUACUGAAAAACAGACGAGGCUCGCUAACCAGUGAGUCAAGCCCAUGUGUCAUAUGGAUAGAUCGCGAAACCGAUAUCCAUCAAGAAAUAAACGUCGUGGUGACACAUAAAGUUCUUCUCAAUAUGUGCAAGAUAGUCAAAGAAACAUUACAGCUUACGAGCGACAGCCCAGUCAUUUCCAUGUACAAGCAUACGGCUGGCUUAGGAUUCAUUCAAACAUGUCUAAUUGGGAUUUAUGUGGGAACAACGUCCUGUUUUUUCAACUACCAAGACAUUUUAGGAGACGCAACAAACUUUCUGAUAUCACUGCAAAACUUUAGUGUGAAGAACUUGAUUUUGAGUCCAGAAAUGCUUUACCUAAUCCUUGACAGGGCAAACUCCAUAAUUGAGAGAGGGCGUGCCAUUGGGUCGGGCAGGAAAGAUUCGAAGCUGGCAAAAACAAUGCUGAGGCCAGACUUCUUGAAAAAAGUCCGAAAUAUAAUGAUACCAUUCAAAGGAAGGCCCCUCACUAAUACCAUCCAGGCGUGCUUGGAAAAGUACCCUUCCAUUGUUAUCAACACCUCGCAGCUGAAUUAUGUUUACCAGCACAUUUUCAACCCUCUAGUCGCGCUCAAUCCUCUUAAUGUCCCUUCACUGGAUAUAUAUUUGGACCUCACCUCAUUGAGAGAAGGGCUUGUAAGAGACAUUAAUCCAAAUGGCCUUACUUCUUCAGAUCUGAGCCAGUAUCUGCAUUUGCAAAGCUCUGGGGUUGUUGCAGUUUGCACGGACGUCCCAAUUGUCAACCCCGAGACGCUGGAGCCGUGCUACGAAAACGAAAUUGGGGAAAUAUGGUGCUGCUCCGAAGCUAAUGUCUACGACUACUGGAUUAGCAAAGUAACUUCGCCUGAAAAACAGGUCAGGUUUUCGGGCAAAAAAGCCAACCUACAAAAAACUUCCUUCGUAUCUGCGCAGUUCAAGUCCAAGCUAGGAGGACAGGCCGACAAUGGGCUUUCCUAUCUGCGGACAGGCGACUUGGGCUUCAUUAAAAGGAUCAAAUGCACCGACUCUCGCGACAAUACCCUCGAAUUGGCAGUGCUUUAUGUCUUGGGUAGCAUCAAUGAAACUGUCGAGAUUCUAGGGUUGACGCAUUUCGUUAGCGAUCUGGAGGCCACCGUGAAAAGCGCGCAUCCCUGCAUUGCGAACUGCAUGGUUGCCAAGGUAGGAGGACUUCUCAGCUGUCUCGUAGAAUGCCGCAAUAGCAGGGGAUACGAGCAUUCAAACAUAACCCCGCUCAUCGUUGCUGCACUCCUUAAGAAGAACGGUGUUGUCCUCGAUCUCUGCUGCUUUGUUAAGCCAAAGUCCGCGCGUAUCACGGGAAAUGCAUGGCAAACUAACCGCAUGACGCUGCUUAAGGAUUGGCUUAAGGGGCGCCUUCAAGUCGAAGCCCAGUUUGGAAUCAAUUACGGCGAGAAUAAUUCAAUUUAUCUUCUCUCUGACUUUGCAGAAAGGAAAUAA